GUCUCCCCAGUCAAGAAAUGUUCUGCUUAAAGGCCCUAGUAAACAACAUCGGUCCCGCCGUGGCCGUGCUGAUAUACCUUCUCUUAAACAUUGCUGUCUUCGCGUCUGCUGCUUUGCCGUACAUUGACGACAACGUCGCAGUUUUACUGGCCAGAGGAUGCGGUGCCUGCCUCAGUUUAAACAACAGUCUUAUCAUCCUCCUAGUGUUACGUAAACUCUUGUCGCGCAUGCGCACCACAAGAAUAGGAGCGUACCUUCCGUUGGACCACAGUUUGACCUUCCACAUGACUGUGGGUGUCGCCAUUGUGCUCCUCAGCCUUGCUCACGCCUCCGCUCACAUCACCAACUUCGUACACCUGGCGCGGACCACGCCCCCGACCCUACCCGAGUACCUGUUCGGGACACACCUGGGGAUCGGCUGGGUUUCAGGCACCGCCUGUCUCACGGGCUGGGUACUGGCAGGGCUUCUCAUCAUCAUCGCCACGUCAAGUCUGCAUUACAUCAUCAAUGGCGGACGGAUGAAGGUAUUCUUCUGGACUCACAAGCUGGUGACGUUGUGGUGGGUUACCCUGAUCCUCCACUCCCCCUCCGCCUGGAUGUGGUUACUGGGCCCGUUAGUGCUGUACUUUAUCGGCAAGAUUCUGCGGUCACAGUUCGCCAGACACCUGCUGUACGGAGACAUGUUCAUCCGGGAGAUGGUCCUCCUGCCGUAUGACGUUACUCACCUGGUGGUGUCGCGACCUGAGAACUUCCGUUUCCGGGCUGGAGAUUACGUCUACCUGAACAUCCCGGUCCUGUCCAGCUUCGAGUGGCACCCUUUCACCAUCAGUAGUGCUCCGGAGCAAACAGAGUCACAUGGUUCCACAUUCGUGCAGUGGGCCCAUGGACAAAGCCUAAGAGAGUUGUUAAAUGGACAUCCAGACCAGAAUGACAACAACAGGAAACAGAAAGAAUCAUUCCUUAAUGAUGAUGGAGAUGCCGUGUCCAUGGAGGAAGGUCAGGUUCAUGAUGAUGGGCGUGCCAUGAAGAGGAGAGAAUCGUGCGUGUCCAUGGCACAGGACUUCUCUCACCUCACCGAGCCACCUGCCGUUAUAGACGUCUGUAGGGAGGAGCUGUUCGGAGUGAAUGGUAUUAAGGUUUACGUGGAUGGUCCGUACGGCGCCCCGGCCACACACGUGCUGCAAGCCGAGCACGCUGUGCUGAUAGCUGCCGGGAUCGGCGUGACACCGUUCGCCUCACUACUGCAGAGUAUUAUUCACCGUAAACUAGGCAAGUUUUCUGGACAUCAAUGGGCGAAACCAAGAGACACACCCACCAGUCCGACAACUCUGAGGAAAGUGGAUUUUUUCUGGAUCAACAGGGACCCUGGGGCCUUUCUGUGGUUCACCUCUCUACUGGGACAGAUAGAGAGCGAUCAGUCCGGCUUACAGAACAACUUCAUCGACAUGCAUUUGUACAUGACGUCAUCACAAGGGGCAGCCAAUGGGGAGCCUACGGCCGUGUGGAAGGAUAUUCUUUCAGCGUACACGGAGAACAGGCGCGACCUCAUCACAAGGCUGGAAAAACGUACCAUUCUUGGGCGUCCGGAUUGGAUAGCGGUAUUUAAGCGGUUAAAAGAAGAGGAAAAGGACCAUGGAAAGGUGGCCGUUUUCUUCUGCGGGCCAAAGAAACUAGGAUCCAUUCUUCGCCGACACUGCAUCGAGUACAAUUUUCGGUUUCGCCAAGAGAGCUGCUGAUAUCAAUAUGUUUCUUUCAUUCAACUUUUUUUCUGAAAAGGUUCAAGUACAAAUGUGUACUUUUGUGUUUUAAAAGUAGCCCUACAGAGGUGUGUAAGCGCUCAGAGACAGGUGUCAGAUUAGAAUUCGUGGGGAGCUUUGACUUGACAUUUCUUAAAUAUGAAGUGGAUUGCACAGAGCAGGAUCUAGGUCAUGUUAUCUGGAUCAUUAUUUAGCUGGUUUUAUUUUAUCCCAUGAAUAAAGGCUAUCUGGUGUACGUGGGUCAUGUCCCGAACUGUGCCAUAUGGGGGG